AUGAAGAUCCUCAACGGCGUUAGAGAGAACUUGUUUGUUAGCCGACAGCAUGAGGUGGAGUGUAAGCAAGACCAUGCAGACGGAUACACGCAGCGGUGUAUCAGAGCACGACGUGUGAGACAAUCUACCCUCAUCUCGGCGAUUCUUGUGUGUAUGGUAUUUUCAACACGAGCAACAGGAUGCAGGGAAGGUCAGCAGUGUUCUGACUGCAACAGGACGACGGGGUACUGCGAAACUGAAUGCUACACUGGAUUCUUCGACCUAAAAUGCAGGUCCAGUUGCAGUAAGGGCUGUCGUCAUGGUCAAUGUGAGUCCACGGGGACAGGCAUAGGGAGAUGCACUGAAGGUUGUGUGCCUGGGGUGUAUGACAUAGACUGCAAGAUACCAUGUACUCGUGAGGAAGCCACCUGCGUCCAGUGUCCGAGUACGUGUGAAGAGGGAUAUUGUCAGCUAAAUUCCACCUGUGUGUCUGGCUGUGUGGACUCCUAUUAUGGUUCAGAAUGUAAGGACUGCUCCAGCAGAUGCAAGACCUGCAACAGGAUCACAGGCACGUGCAAAGAGUGUCAAUCCCCAUUUCAUGGUUUGAACUGUUCCUAUACCAGAUCAUGUGAGACUGGAUGUGUGGACGGGUGUGGGCUUGUAGUUAGUGCCAACUUCUGUGUCGAGGUGUGCAAGGGAAACUGUAGACCUGCACUCAACAUGACUGAUGCUUCGCGGUGUCUGGCCCCUUCUGCUAAUCCUCAAGUGCUUUGUACCUCUGAGUGUCACAGCCAGACUGGCGAGUGUCUCCAUGGCUGUGUAGAAGGCUGGUAUGGUCCACGGUGCUCCUCUCCAUGCAGUGCAGGUUGUAGUGGAGGAAGGUGUGACGAUGCAGGUGCUUGUGUGGACAGAUGCAGAUCUGGAUAUUUCGGGAGAGACUGUGAACCCUGUCACGACCACUGCUACAAUCACUCCUGCAACCCCUACACCGGGAGCUGUGUGGACGGAUGCAUCGUGGGAUUUUAUGGGGAGUUUUGUAAUGACAGCUGUGAUGUUUGUAGUGAUGACAUGUGUCAUCAGGCGACUGGCACGUGUAUCAACGGAUGUAACGUCAGUCACAGUGGAUGUGAACCUACCUGUACAAGUAACUGUUCCAGAGACUAUUGUUUGAGAGGAAUAACAUGUGCCAAAGGAACUCUGAAAGCAUAUGGUAUCAGUAUAGGAAUACCAGUAACAUGUGUGCUCUUUGUCCUGGCUAUCCUGAUGACAAACUACAUAUGCUACCGCAAAGGCCGGUCUGUUGAAAGGGAGAAUCGUAUAGAGGAUGAGGAGCCUUGCCACGUUGUUGAGUACCAGUCGUGGCAAAAUACUAUGACAUAGACGAAGGGGCUUUGGACACUGGUGAACCAACUGAGAACCAAGAGAACCUGGACGAAGAGCUGGGUCUCGCCAUGCCUGUCAUAGCAGAGGUCUUCCCCACGGCUGCGGCCCUUGCACACAGCGAUCAUGACGAGUCAUCAGAGAGCUCAGCAGCAUCAACUUCUCGAUCCUACACCCACCUGAUCCCUGACGUAGUCGCUGGUGACCCGGGGACAGUUGAUAGUUACAUAUCGCCAGUGGAAGAAUCGACCCUACACUUACCUACCACUGACGUUGACACUGGUGACCCGGGGACAGUUGAUAGUUACAUAUCGCCAGUGGAAGAAUCGACCCUACACUUACCUGCCACUGACGUAGUCACUGAUGACCCAGGGACUGUUGAUAGUUACAUAUCGCCAGUGUAUAAUGAUGGUGGAAGAGGGUGUGAAUCUUUGUAAAUAGGUUUAACAUAUGAUUCGGUGAAGAUAUGCACCUAGACAAAAGUUAAGGACGCCCAGAAAUGUAUCAAUGUCUAAUGCAACAACUGCUGGAAUGAAUUCACACACAAAACUAAUGUGGCCUGCAACAGCAACGCUCUGACAGUAAGAAACUACCAACAUUGUCAACUUCAUGAUAGUGGCGGCCUCCAUCCUGCAACUGGAGCCACUCCCGAUGCAAAGCUACUUCCAAUUCACGCACAUCCUGCUGUCUACGGGCCACAAGGAUGUCUCAGAUGCACUCCAGUGGACUAAGCUCUAGAUCUGAGCAAGGUACGGAAAAUGUUCUGGAGGUAGGCUGUCACAACCCGGGAUCUAUGGCGUCUGGAAUUACCACCAAUGAACUUAGGUCUUGUGGUUAGUGGAUGGUUGUCGAAAUGUUCAAUUCCAAUGUGCUGAUAAUCUUUCAGGUUGCCAUUCGUGUAAGACACCCUCCCCCCUCAUCGUCCAUCUGUGACAUGGUGGAGCAGGAACCUGCUUCCGUCUGACAAAUGGAAUUUCCGCAGGGUUCUCAGAUUCAAAGGACAUUGUGCUAAAACAAAAACCUUGGAUGGCGAUCUGCCAGUAAGGAGCGUUUGAUGACUCUCCAGAAUGACGUUCCUGCUACUCAUAAGGUCCUUCUAAGCAUUGGUUUGGCCAUGUUUCCUCAUCAAUCGGCUUAUUAAUGUGUAGUUAUAGCCCAAUUGACGCCAGAUAGUCUUGAAGGACAACCCUGUGGAAUACAUUCAAAUUAUUUGCCCUCUUUGUGUUUCUGAUAUCUACCUUCGUGGCAUGUUCACAUUGAAUGACUAAACUAUGGAAUCCAAGAUGGGAUAUUGUUGCGUUGUCGCAUUGUCGCCCUUGCAAAACAAGUCCAAAAAUGGCCAAAUUUCAGCAAAGCAUGAAAAUGAAAUGCGUCAUUUUGACCAUUUGUCCCAUUAUCGAGCUGUCGUAUUGUUGCAGUUUCUAUUCGAUUUUUCAUAUUUACCAAGGUCGAUCUCAUAAUGCACCCCAUCUAAAAUUUGUGCCAGAAGGCUUUAAAAUGCAGGACAACAUGACAAUGUGAUGUAUUGAUAAUGUCUCAUUGUCGCCCUUUUCUAUUUUUGGUGCCCAUGUAUAUAGUAAGUGAAUUUGUCAAACUCCAGGGAUUAUAAAACCAAAGUAUCAAUGGUAAUACGAGGUGCUUUUCUCAAAAUGAAGACAACUAUUUGAUCGUUCCUUUAGAAGUUAGUUCAUAUAUCAUUAUUGUCGUUUGUAUAAACCAACCUGUUUUCAAGGCAAGAAAGACACUCUUUGUCUUCUAUUUCAUUUCUUUUCAAAUCAAUGAGGGGACACGGUUGGCCAAGUCGUUGUAGACGGGUUAAUUCUCUGUGCAGAGUUGCGUCUCCAAGGCGUGUGUAUGCUUAUUGUAGCGUUGUCGCUAGCUAGGGAUUGGGUGUGUAGGACUGUUAAUGUACUGACGUGCAAUUUCAGGGGAGAUAAUUCAUGAUGCCAUGCUUAGAUACAACUACAUUGAUGUAUAACGUUAUACUUUCGAUCCGAACGAUAGCUUGCUACAAAUGAAGACAAUUGCUAGAGAGUUACACACACGCACAGACAGGAAAGAACUAUACCGUUGUAACUCAGCUCAAUUGGUGAGAAUUAGCUGUGGGUAAAGAUAAUAUGAUUUCGUAUUUUCUUUCUUCACCUCGAACCACACUAUUCCAACACAAAUAUUGAUAUUGAUGGCGUUUACUUGUAAGUAUGAACACAAAUCGUAAGAAAUGAUAACAUCAUUCUACAUAAAAUAGGAAGUAAUAGCUAAACGGAUGGCCCUUAGUCCUUUGAUUCCCGCAUUCACCUGAUUGUGUAAUUUGACUAAUGUUGCAUCAUUAUUAAAUGAGUACUAGACAUAUCAUCAAAUGGAAUGAUUUGCUAAAACAAAUUUCACAUUUUUGUUUGACGUCAUAGCUUGUUUAAUGUCUGUGGCGACGUCAGAGAAAGACGGUAUUGGUAUAUAAAUUGAUAGAUUUCUAAUCUAAUUUCGUUCACAUUAUGAAAAAUCUUGAUUUGGAACACAAAAUUUGACCUUUUUUCGACACAACGUAAAAUGACUGUUUUUAACCAUGUUAAUAAUGUCUUGAAUACAUAAAAAAGAUACGAAAAUAGCUCCUUUCGUCUGAACUUUGCUUUGUUUACAAGUACAGUUUUCCGAGCACAGCGUUCGUUUUAACAACUAAUCUAUUUUGCUAAAUCUCAUAUAGACAGUUUGUACUGGCUACAAAGACCAUUUGUCAUUUGAUGCAGGAAUGAGGAAUUCAAGGAUAUAUGUAUAAAGCUGAGUUUGAAGUAUAUGUGAUGCAAUAGGCGUCAAUCGGCACACGUGAAACGUGAUUUUGUAAACACUAUCCUUUUUUGCGUAUUGUCUUAAACAUUAUAAUGGAUUCUAGGGUUAUGGGCGACGUUUCAGAAUAAUCAUUGGUAAGUUGAUACAUUACAGAUACCUGAUGACUAUUUUUGUAAUGAAAUUCUCCGAGUAAAUAUAAGAUAUGUAGAUUUCAAAACACACUGUAAAUUACACUGUGAAAGGUGAUAUAGUAAUAUGUCAAAAUCAGUUUUAUAAUGUACCUUAUUUUCAGAGAUUGUUUUCUGUAAUAUUGCUUUGUUUAAAAUGUCAGCUGUUGAUAUCACAGAACAGAAAAUGUCUCGCAGAAUUCAAAACGGUGAUCAGAGACUUUACAAUGUUUUAUGGUAUCGGCUGUGAAGUGUAUUUGUGUGCGUAAAAUAUUUUGAAUUGUAUUCGACUUCAUAGUAAGGGUAGACGAGGAGGGUCAUGAAUUUCUCUGUUACCUCCAGGGGCUUAAUUAAACUCUUCUUGCCAAGGACCUGUAUUGUAUCAUGUGCGCUUCACUUAUUUUUGCAUGAGCUUCAAUAAUUUUAGUUAUCACGCCCAAAAUAACAAAAAGGGCGGGAUUUACGAUGUACUUAAUUAUUCGUAAUUUUGCCUUGCCUAAAAUGUCCACGGACGAUAUCACAGGGAAGAGAAUUGUCAAGUAUAUUUGUGUGCGUAAUGUGUUUUGAAU